AUGAUGAGUCCGGUGUGUGCGCUGCUGGAAUUGAAGGGCUGGUGUCACUUCUACGAAUUAAGACAGCGGUUGCGUGGUUUUGUUGCUGAGGAGUUGUGUUCUAAGUUGGAGCAGGAGGACGUGGAGGUAGUGAAAUGGAUAAGGUGUAGAGAGCAAGAAAUCUAUUCAGCAAUCGUGAGGCGCUUUCUUUAUCCUGUUUUUGAAGAUCGCUCCAAUGCUGAGUGUAUUAAGGUCUCUGACGAUUUUGUUCUUUUUAUGAGGGAAUCUGUUGUUGGCUCGCUUGUAGGUGUCUGCAAGGUGCUGCCCGUUUGUGCCAUGUUGUCCGGGAGCGACGGCAAGUUAUGCACGGCUAACAUGAGCAAGAUGCCGUUGUCAUCGGUGACCGAAGAAGGUGGCCCGGAUGUUGCGAAGUUUGUAGGAACAAGGUGUGGAAGUAAGACCCACGGUGGUACUGCUUCGUGGGAAUGGAUAAACUUCUUCUUCAACAAGGAGAUAGGUGCGGGAAAGGGAGGCAGAUUGAAAGGGGCAUGCACUUUACCUCCUUCUUUUGAACAAUGGGACGCGUCUAUGGCUGCGGCGCUGCAGCGCGUCGGCGAUGUUGUGGGUGAAGUGCAGAAAGAUUUGGUGUCAGCUCUAAACGGUCUCGGUGAUGGACGCUUUGGGCGCGUGAUUGACGAUUAUAGUGGCGAAGGAUGCGAUUCGCUGUGGGCGGAAUUGGUAUUUAUGGUAGAGAGUGCCUUUGAUGCUGUGGUGACAGAUGUUGUGGAGUUUAUUUUGUGGAGUGUACAUCAGUGUUUCGUUGGAGGUGGUGUAUUCGCGGGUCAUCCGAUUUUCACACUGAAGGCAUUCUGGCAAUAUGGUAACCGCAGCGUUUCACUGAGCCCGGCAGCCUCAGAGGUCCAGGAGCGCCUAAUGGAUCGGGUAAAGAAAGAGCUCAUUUGGAGUGUUGUUCCGGAGCUUGACCUUAAUCAUAUAAUCAAGCGACAGGUGCCCAGCGCAUCAUGGACGCGGCGGGCCACACUACGCAACAGGCUGUUGGAUGAAUUCAAAGUAAAGCGAAUGUGGGAUGCGAUUCACUUUGCAAUAGGCCAGAGAUGUAGUGAGCUCCAGGAUUCACUGCAGGACCUGACAGAAUUGUAUAGUUUUUACUUUUCCAGUGGGAGUGAAUUCCAUCAGAUGACCUACCAGCAGUUGGAGGAGGUGCGCAAAGGAAUGCGAACUUCUUUAGAACAUCCUGUACUGUCUGUUGGCCCAGGUGCACUCAUGAUAUGCAGAGAUUAUCUUUCUCAGGUUGUUACAGAGAAGGUGGAAGCUGCCCUCAAGAAUCUCAAAAAUGAGUCUGAAGGCACCGAUGCACUCGGUGGGGAGACGAUAACGGCGGCACGUAUGAAAGCAUUAAGAGAAAAAACUGACAUGGAUCCUUCUUCGUACUUCCACAAUGUGCUUAUGGAAGCUUUUUGCCGACGACGAAAGGAUCCGGGGAAGUAUGACGGAGUGCCAGAUCCAUGGGCCAGCGUCUCACGUUUUAUCGAUGAUCAAAGGCAAGACGAAAAUCGUGUGCGUAGUGAGUUAACGGUGCUGCAGAAAAGGCAACGCUUGACUACUAGAGACUUUACCGACAAAGCAGCUGCUGUAGCGCCUCUCUCUGAGCCCACCGCCGGCCCAGUUGCCAUGCCACACAUUGUGAAUGCCGAAAGCGAGCAAAUCGUAGCCGAAGCUGUAACUUCUUUGAGGGACAGUAACAGUUUGCAGUGUGUGGUCCGUUUGUCAAUAGAUUUGGAGGAGGCGAAGCUGAGGAACAAAGAAUUGCCACCUCCGCAUUCCGCGACGGUCUGCGCACAUGGUGUAAAACAGCGCCAACCAAGCGACGGGAAGAGGAGGUCGAUCUGUGAAGAGGGCACGUCGUCUGCACUGCCGCAGGAACUCACUGAGCGUCGUGAGAGAAUCACAAGUGAACAACAGUGCGACAAGCAGGUAGCGGUGGCGGUUGGUGUUGCCGAUGGCACUCCCGCAGCAGUGGGGUCAUCCGGAGGAAAUAACACGGCAGAAGGGGUUGUCGACACAAGUAUUGGUCACCGACGAGUACCAUGCCCUACAUCUAGCAUUGAUUGCACGCUCUCGUCGCACCGAAGCAAUGCGACAGCGCGUCCCGUUUCGUCAGGGGAGACGUUUUGUUCCCUCAUCAACAAGCAAAAGAUCGCAGUCUCACGGAAAAGUGACAGCAACGCUAUGUCUUCAACGCUCGUGAAGCCUUUCUGGAACAAAGGUCACGCAUUAACCGACACGGAUGUAGGGAAACAGACCACCCGGUACGUGGGUACAAUUAGCAACGAAGCAGGUUCUGGUGUGUUUGAGGAAUUGCCAUCAGCUGUCAAUGAAGUCUCUAUUUGUGCAGCGCAAAUGGGUCGCAAAGUGCCGGAGGUUGGUGUACAUAUAUCAAGUGACGCCACCUACGGGGAGUUAAAGUGUGAACAGGAGCUACAUCCCUUUAAUCUGAGUGCUAUUAAGACAUCAGAAGACCGUGUUCAGGCUUUCAAGAAGCUGAUGCCGUCCCUGCAUGACAUGCCAUGCGAAGGUGUCUUUAUCGAAGAUAUCGACGUAUCAGACCCACGACUGGAAACCCUUAUAAGCCGGCUACAAGCAGUACGUGAAAAUGCCGCGGUGGGCGACCGCAGGGAGGUCGCAGUUGUCGAGGAGUCUGUUAGCUCUGUGGUUAAACUGCUUGCGGAGGAGUUGGCUGCGAUGACCCUCGGCAUGCUCUCGCGCUUUCCCUUUCUGGAGAGUCGUGUUUGCGGUGUGCUCCUAGGGAACCUUCAGGUUCUGAAUGUGGACAACGAGUUUCAGUGGCUCGAGGCUCUUUACCGUUCUUCUCAAAGGGAAAGAGGCUUCGUUAGGAGCAUCGAGCAAUGCCUACGCGCUCGCGCUGAAAUGUUAGCUAAGAGUUCACCCUAUGUUGUGCCUGUUGAGCGUCACAAGGGAUACAUGCUUGGUCUUCCACAGAAGAUUGGAUGCGGUGCUCCUCGUAACGAACUGGCUGGUGACUGGGACCAACAGGAGACGUCGCAAGGGUCUGAAACGCCAUCAGGUGACCGAUACCGCAGAAGCGGCACACCAACCCCUUGCCUAGAUACAUCCAAGCUCACAGAACGGGUGGGGAUGCCGAACCUGCCCCCACCGCUGCCGCCUUCUUCAUUAAAUGGAAAGUCAGGAGAGACUGCACCGCCAGGCCGCUUCGUCCGCAAUGUUCAUGUGCAGGAACAUCCCCCAACGCCAUGUACACCGGGCAUUUGCGUAAAUAGGGAUAAGGCCAGCUCGAACACCACCUCUAUAGCCCAAGGAAGGGAAUUACUGCCUCCCUGGCAUUCAACCCCUUCCCCUGGAAUACCGUGUUCCAGUUCCACGCAGUUAUGCACGGAGCUCAACAAACUAACGGAAGGAAACGCUUCUCAGAAACACUUUACGUGCGCGGGAGAAACUGUAUUGUUGGAAAGAAGGGCUCUUGAAGGUAAAAGGCUUAUUUGUGAAGAGGUACAUCGUUCACAUCUACACCCCCCUAGUUCAGUGAAGAGCGGUACUGCAGCCCCGGCUGCGGUGAAUAAUAAAAGACAACCUUCGAGCGCACCGUUGCCGAUAGUCAGGCAAGAAAGCCUGAUUUUUUCUGUAGACUCGCUUGCGUGCGAGGCGUCUCACGACCCUGGGGAACUGAAGGGAGGAGAGCAGCUCAAAACCGCCAAAACGGCCCACUUUGAUGCAACAACGGGAAACUCGAUGGAUAAGAGUAUGCGUCUGGGGGAAACGACGGCAGCGCGCCGACCGGUGGCCAACGGUUGCGAUUCUGCAUUGAGUGAUUCUAAGCAAAAGACGUCAGAGUUUGGGGCUCCAAACACCCUGAGUACAUCGCCAGGUGCCCCACCAACACUUAGCACAGGGGAAUGUCGCUCACAGUCCCCCAAGAUAUCAUCAUCGGUAGAGAAAACACCGACGCCAUCACGGAGAACCCAGGAAUCGACGCAGCUGGGGCAGCCUCUCAACCACAAAGUAUUGUCGCAAGUGUCGUUGGCAGGGCGUUUUGCUAGCGGAGUCCCCACAACUUCCUCAUGUGCUGGUUUAAGGCUUAACACGAGCGCGACGUCCGACACCCUCCACAACACCACUCGUUUCUGUGGACAAAGGGGCCAGGACACUGUCGUGACAAAAUGGGGGAAAGGAAGUGAAGAUAGGGGAACCUGCGUGGAAAGUGCAGUAGGAGUGGGGGGGGCUGAAAAGAGGGAACAGAAGCAAUGGGGAGAAUCCUCUAAGGUAACCAGUGGUAGCGACAAAAAGCGUUCCUGUGACCUUGGUAUCAUCCAACCCUCAUUGAAGAAGGUGUCAGGCACCAGUGGCACGUUGUGCUUCAAGGACACUGACGUCAUUCCCAAAUAUUCCCGCGCGAGCGUGAGCAGUGAAGAGGAGCCGGAAGAGGCGAAGGGACUACUUCCAGCCGUUUCUGUUGCUGCUAGUCGGGGAACGUCAAUUGACCCCAUUUACAAGCCGAAGACUCCACAAAAUAAGCAAAUACCGUGGGGUAAUUCCGUCGAUUUAUCCGGCCCCCAGUCGGACCCAGCACCUCUUAAUUCCUUUUCCUUCUCUUGCUCGGCCGGUGCGUCCCGAGGGGAACACAAUAACUCCUUUCUUCCACGGCUGAUUCCUGCGGCUAAAUUUGACUCCCCAAUCUGCCGCGGGCAGGAGGAGGAGUUAGAUGCUGUUGAAAUGAAUUUACUGGGCCUUCGCCAACAGUAUGUCGCCUACUGUCGCCGCGCAUGCGUUAAACCCAACAGUGUGUUGAUGCGUUACUUUCCUGACAAGCCCGGUAUUUUCGUGUCUCGUGUUGAUACGUCCAUGAAUUAUAUUGGACCAAAGGGCAUACUCCCAGUCGUGCAAGUGCUGCGACUGAAUAGCGGAUUGGAGUAUCUCAACUUAAGUCACAACAACAUGGAGAAUAAUGAAGUGGUGGAACUUGUCCAGGUUUUGCUGACGGAAUGUGGAGCCUCGCUGGGCCAUUUGGAUUUGUCAAACAAUCCCAUUUCUACUGUGGGUGGUGCAGCGCUCCUGCGGUUAGUGCAAAUGAGGCCACACCUGUUAACGGUGCGUGUGGAGGGAACUCUGAUCCCUCAAAAGAUGUGCAAGAGCAUUCAGCAGGUGUGUGAAGCCAACGCAGUUGCUAGAGAGUAG